AUGGCGCAAUGGGGCCAGGGGUUCCAGUACCCCAUGCAGACGGGGUACAAUCCUCAGCAAUACCAACAAGGUUUCCAGGCUAGCCCAGGGCUCGCACCGCAGCCCGCCGGCUUUCCUGGCCAGCGACCGUCGGGUUUCCAGCAACCUCAGCAGACAGGAUUUCCAGGCGUGUCGGGCUUUCAACAACCUCAGCAGACUGGAUUUCCACCUCAGCAAACGGGGUUUAUAUCUCAGCAGACAGGGUUCCCUGGUGCUGCGGGUACAUUCCAGCAGCGCCCGCCUCCGCCUCCCGUUCCAUCGCAGUUCCAACAACAGAAUGCACAAGGCUUUAUGGGCGUUCCGCAACAGCAGGCCGCAAGCCGCUUUAUGUCGGCUUCGCCGCUAACCACGCAGCCCACAGGCUUCGCUGGCGGCGGAAUGCGCCCGCUUGUUCCUCAAGUCACAGGCUUCGUUGACCCGCGGUUGCAGAUGAUGUCGACCACUUUUCUUCCUGCUAAUCCGUCAAUGCCAUACAAUCCGGCGGGUAUGCCUCAGCUGCCGCAGCAAGGUGACAUGUCGCUCCAGCAGUCAUUCCAGCAACACAACCAGGCACAGCGUGGCAACGCGACACCGAAGAUUCCGUGGGCGUUGUCUAAAGCUGAGAAGAAGAACUAUGACCAGAUCUUCAGGGCAUGGGAUGUGCAGGGCACGGGUUUCAUCAGUGGUCAGACUGCACUCGAGGUGUUCGGGCAGAGUGGUCUUGACAAGAACGACUUGGCUAAGGUCUGGGCUCUUGCUGAUGCUGAUAACCGUGGCAAACUGAACCUCGCCGAGUUUCAUGUCGCGAUGGGCCUCAUCUAUCGAAGACUGAACGGUAACGAUAUUCCUGAUGAGCUUCCUCCUGAGCUCGUUCCACCAUCGCACAGGGACCUUGACACAUCAGUCAACUUACUGAAGGACAUUCUUAAGAACGAUACACGGGGACGCUCCCCGUCGAACAUCGACUCACCUGUCUCGAAACUCAAGGAGCGUUCAUUCCUCAGCACAUCCGCUCCAGGCGCAGGCGGCAGGCAGGACGCGACUGUCUACAAGUACAACGAUGAGAGUCCUCCUGGUGGGUUUUACCAGCCUCGUUCACGCCAUGUAGAUCGCAAUGCCAUACGGACGCACAGCGAGAGCGAGAAUCCGGCAGCAGACCUGGACGACAUGAAGCGGCAACUGGAGAACACGGCUAGGAUGCUCGAUCGCUCGGCUGAAGAGAAUGCGUCCCGAACAGCGGAGGACGAGGCUCUUGAACGUGAGAUGUCAGACCUCCGGUAUAAGGUUAAUCGUGUCAAGGAAGACUUGGAGUAUGUGUCCAGGGGCCCGAGGAGCGUCGCCAAGGAUGAGGAGCGUCGCAAGCUGGAGAGGGAGCUUAUGAAGCUCAUGCACGAGCGUAUCCCGGAACUGGAAGGGAAGAUCAAGGAUAGAGAGGAGAAGAGAGCUCGAGAAAAGCGGGAGUGGGCUCGUGAAAGGGACAGGCGUAACGAGCGGUUCGGACGUUAUGACGAUAGGGAAGACCGAUAUUCGUCUUCACGAUAUGACGGUGACAGCGACAGGGAAUAUCGCCGAAGCUCGUUUGACCGCGACGAACGCGACCGAGACCUGGAUUACGACAGGCGACCGUAUUCUCGCAACAGGGAUAGGGAUUAUGAACGCGACAGGGAUAAGGGCUACGAGCGCGAUCGGGAUAGGGACUAUGGACGUGACAGGGAUCGGGACCAUGGACGCGACUAUGACCGUCCUCGUAGCCCUCCUGCCGUUCGAUCGCCGCCUCCAGCCCCGCCCUCUGCUCCUCCUUCAAGUGCAAUCAGCAAACCACCACCUGCUCCUAUUCCAUCGAAGUCGCCAGCCCCGGCUACGAAGAAUAUGACUCCCGAGGAACGUCAAGCAUAUAUUCGUGCUGAGGCGCAACGACGUAUGCAGGAACGGAUGGCGGCUCUUGGAGUCGUUGGCGCAGGGACGCCUUCGCCGAAGCUGGACACGACCGUUGAAGACCGGCUGGUUCGCGACAAGAUGGAGGCAGAAGAGAAAGCACGUGCUGCUGAGAAGGAGGCUGAGGAACGCGAACGUACCCGUAGGGAGCGUCUCGAAAGAGAGGGCGCAGGCAAGGCUUCUCCUGCGCCGGCGGUCCCUGCACCUCCUCCGCCUGUCUCGCAGGUGCCCACGCCUAAGCCAACACCUCCGCCUCCCAAGCCGAGAGCUCCGGCACCCCCUCCUCCCAGGAAGGCUUUUGCAUCUCGUGCUCCCGCCGCUCGUGCUACUCCUCCAGCUCCAGCCCCUCCGCCUGCUGCGCCUUCCAUGCCUGUACCUGGCCCGCCUCAGCUGGAUGCCGAGGAACAACAAAUCCGUGCACGUGAAGAAGCAUUGCGCAAGCAACGCGAGGAACGCCUGGAGCGGUUGCGCCAGCUCGAGAAGGAGGAGGAAGAGGCAAAACGGGCUGAAGAGGAGUAUCAGGCGAGACGACGCAUGUUCGAGGCCAAGUUGACAUCUCCUCCGCCGACAGUAGUAUCGCCUCCUGCCGUCGCACCUCCUGCACCAGCACUUCCACCGCCCGCGCCCGUCCAGCAGACCUUUGCUGUUGCUUCCCCGCCUCCCCCGCCUCCUCCUCCGCCGGCGCCUGCCGUAAGCUCACACACAUCGACGCCCUCAAUUGACAAGUCCGCGACCAAUCCUUUUAGUCGUUUGAUGAAAGAAAGCCCGGGAGCGGCAGGCUCGCCGGCGACUCCUGCAGCCAAUGGAAGCCAUAAUCCGUUCUUCAAGCCUCAGGCUGCUGCCUCCCCAGCAGUAUCUCCUGCUGUCCCUCCUAUGCCUCCUGCCGUCCCUCCUGCGCCUCCCGCUGUCGCUCCGCCGCGUGCUGCUUCUGUGCCACCACCGUCAAGGAGCCCUGCUCCACGGGCUGUCAAGGCCAGUUAUCACACUGCGCCUGGUGAGAGCGACGAAGACUGGGAGGAUGUCGAAGAGAAGGACAACGACGAUAGCAGUGACGAUGAGAUUGAUUCCUCACGUGCAACGCGUGACAAACUAGCGCAACAAUUGUUCGGUAGUAUGUUGCCACCGUCUCGCCCGCAGUCGGCUGCUGCAAUGAGCAACCCAUCGGCACAGACGCAGCAACAACUGUCAUCUCCUGCUCCUCCCCCGCCCCCGCCUCCACCGCCGUCCGCUUCACUUGCCGCCGAUAAUGCGAUUGUCCUGCCUCCCCCAAUGGCUCCGCCGGUACCAGUAGCCCCACCGCCUCCUGCAGCCCCCGCCGCGGUCGCGGUCCCUGCACCCACCGGUGACCGUAACGCGUUGCUGAGUGCGAUCCAACACGGGGCUAAGUUGAGGAAGGCGCAGACCAAUGACCGCAGUGCUGCGCCUGUCUCCGGAAAGGUUCUGGGUGGUACUCCAUCCCCCGAGCAUAUCAGCGCUGCUCCGAGGUUUCCUUCCCCUCCUCAGGCUUAUGCAGGAAUGCCGAUGAUGCCGGCGUUGUCUGACAUGACUUCGCAGUCCAAAUCAAGCAACAGACAAUCCGUUGAUUGGUACGCUGGAUUGGCUGCAGAUGGAGGUGCAGUACAUCACGAGCACUUGCCUGCGAUGCAAGAGGAGGAGGAGGAUGAGGAGUCGCACGCUGCUGCUGUACCAUCAAUCCAAGUUGAAGCGGCUGAAGACCCUCUGGCUGAUGUGGAUCGAUCCAUCGAAUAUCGCGUCCGUUCGUUAUACCCUUAUGAAGGCCAGCGCGCCGAGGAUCUCUCAUUUGCGGAAAAUCUCAUACUAACAGCACAUCCAAGUAAAUCUGGGGGCGAUUGGUGGUACGGAACGCUUGUCCGAGAUGGCAAGGCAGGUUUCUUCCCCAAGACCUAUGUCGAGAGAGUACAGCAAGCCAAAGGGAAGGCUCUGUACUCUUACGAAGGCAACAGCUCUGACGAACUGCCCUUCUCCGAGGGUGAUGAGUUGACCAUCGUAGAUCACAGCGAGACUGACUGGUGGAAGGCUGAGCAGGGCGGUGUCGUGUUCAUCGUCCCUGCGGGAUACCUUGAACUCCUUGAGGCAUCCGAACCAAUCGGAAGGCUGCCCGCGGUCAGUCAAGGUUUUGCGCCUGGCGCUGCUCGCGUUUCGCCACCGUCUGAACUUGAGCAGUCCAUGCCAAAGUCUCCAUCAAGUGGUGCUGAAGAUAACGACGAGAGCGGUAGUACCGUGUCUAGCUCUGAUUAUGAUUCUUCAUCAGAAUCUGAUCCUGAUGAAGAAACUGAAGACCUAAGUGGCGAAGUACGCGCUGCGGAACGUGAAGCACGAGAGCUUGAACGUCAACGUGUGCUAGAGGCUGCUGGAUUCAUCUUCAAGUCAGACGUGAAGCCGCCUCGGCGUCCUGUGCGACCGAGAAGCCGCAAGCGUCGUCCACCGCCUGCUGUUCCCGAUCGGUCGCCAGGCAGCGCACAUUCCUCAAACAGGGACCUGCCGCAUGCCCGUGAAGGCGAAGAGAUUGACAAUUCGUUGCGUUUAGAUGAUGCGUUCGAACGAUACGAAGCAUUCAAGCAGGCAAAUUCGACUACGAAUCGUCUCUCCAUGCUGUCCAUGGCAUCUAUGGAGAGCGGUCUGUCUGUGCCAAGUCCCACCGCAUCAGCGUUGUCUGUGACCAGGAGUCCAUCCACUGAGCCCGACGGUUGGUCUACGGCUCAGCAUUUCUUUAGCCUAUUUGGUCGUAGCAAGACACCGGCCGAAGAUGGGGGGACUCGCACUAUGCCGGUUAUAUCAGGACCUAUAGUCGCUAAGGAGCCUAGCUCGCCUGGUCCGAAUGAGUCUGAAGCGGCGUUUGGCUCAUCCUGGGCUAGUCUCGUCGACAAAUCUGCAUUGGAAGAGAUACCGGUGAAGGAACGUCGUCGUCAGGAGGCCAUAUUUGAACUAAUCACUACAGAAGCUGCCUACGUUCGGGAUCUUCAACUCAUUGUUGAACAUUUCUACGCCAAACUGAUGGAUAUUCUUGAUGAGAAAGCGAUUAGGGUGAUCUUCGCCAACGUUGAGGACAUCCUCCUCACGAAUACAACGUUCUUGAGUUCGCUUGAGGAGAGACAGAAGGAAUGUCGGCUGUAUGUGGACAAGAUCGGCGAUAUUCUCAAGAAGAACAUGUCCGAAAUGGGCGUAUAUGUGGAGUAUUGCGUGAAUCAGUCAACUGCGCUAAAGGUGUUGCAAUCAUUGAGAGAAUCCGACGAGGACUUGGCAAUACGUCUCCGGCGCCUUCGAGAUGACCCCACUGCCCGGAACCUGGACUUGUCCAGCUAUCUGCUCGUGCCCAUGCAACGAAUCACCCGCUAUCCACUGCUGAUACGUCAGAUCCUGCACUACACCGAGGCGACCGAUGACCGCGACCGGAUAGGGCGUGCGUUGGAAAUCGCAGAGAAAAUCCUGGAACACAUUAAUGAAACCAUCCGAGAGCAAGAAGGACGCGAGAGGUUGAAGAUGUUAUCCAAGGAUCUAUGGAUAGGUCAAGGCCGUCUCGAUCUGACGGAACCGACUCGUUACAUGGGAGCCAGGAAGCUGUUAAAGGAAGGCACGCUAAUGAAAGCUAAGAGUGGACGUAAACUCCGCGUGUUCCUCUGCAGCGAUAUCUUGGUUCUCACCGAAGAGGGGGCGAAGCAUCUAUAUCGCACGCCAAUCCCUCUCGCUGCUGUGCACGUGCAGGAAGUCCCAGGACACAGAGACGACCUCACGUUCAAGGUGUCUAUAGCUUAUCCUCGAGGCGGUGAUGCUAUAGCAUUGCGAUCAACGUCGGCACGGGAUUGUCAGCUCUGGAUGCAAGCUAUCGACAAUGCCAGUCGGCUGUGUCGCGAGGCCGAGAAGAAAGCUCGAAAUCGACACAAUCAUUGA